UCUCUAUGGUUCCUCUCAUAUGGUGGAAAUGUGCAUGUAUCUACUUAUCUAUGGGAAUGUGGUAAAAUCGAAUGAAUUUAAAAAAAAUAUAUUUUAUCGCUCAAGUAAUUAAAAGUAUUGUCGUUUCAAAAAUCUAAAUAAAAAAAAAGGUAAUUAUUCAUUAUGGGUGUGACUAUUAUUCAACAAUACCCUGUGGAAAACAAAACAGGACCGGCUGUUAUAGAAAUGUUAUCCAAGAGAGUACUGGCAUUAGGAGCCAUUCAACAAGGUCAUUUUUUGGUGGAUUGUGAAACCUAUACUUCGGUUCCUCAAUUAGGACACCAAAGAACAGUUCAUGUUCUUCACAACUCGGAGCAGCCAGCUACUGUGUUUUCAAUUCUCGAAACUGGAACAAAAACAAUACCCUUGGUUACUGAUGGUUUGUUUGACCUUCUUAUGAUGAAAAUGUCUAGUUUUUACACAUCUAAGAAGCAAACUAAAGCAGAGUGCAAAGGCCCCCGAUUUGAAUUAGAAGAUUUCAAUAUAAAACUUGGAACUAUUACAGUCAGUUCUAAUUUUAAAGCAGUUAUUGUAGAGGUAGAAUAUACACCGUGUGUUGUUGCUGGUUUGUGUUGGGAUCUGAUGAAGGAGUUUAUGCAAGGUAUCCUAGGACCAUGUGUGAACAAUACACCACCUCCAUAUUUACAGAAUAGAAUGCAAGAAUUGUAUACUCCUAUAGACACAAUACAUCAAUACUUAGAUCUGUUCAUGAUUUGUCGUAAGUUAGGUACAACAAAUGUAAGAACCUAGGUUUUUUUUAUUAAUAGAUUGUGAUUUAUCUUUAAGAAGUAUUUUAUAAUUUGAGUAGACUGAUUUUGUACUAAUUAAAUUUUCUAAUAUUUUA